ACUUUUCCCCCAAGUCUGCUGCUGGUUAGCAUGAAAUGCCAGUGACACAUAAAAUACAGAAGUAUAGUUUGGACACGUUUUCUCAUUCAGACACUCAAAAAAAGUGUCGAAACUUUUGACUGGAAAUCCACGUGGCUGACUUGUUCAGUCCUGUUGUGUGACCUGGCAACCAGUUUGUGUUUCUGAUUACAUACUCUUCAACCAUUACACACUCAAAAUAAAAUAUUUGCAUAACUACUAUUCAUAACUAUACAUAAGCACAUGUCCACUUUUUGAUAAUUAAUUUAAUCUGUUAACGAACAGGCGGCGUCACGUGAUAAAGAACUGGUAUACUUUAUAUAGACAAGACUAAACAAAAAUGUUGAUUUUUUUUAUUAUCAUUCCAAACAUUAUCUCGUUUAAAUGUUUUCAUUUCAGUGGACAUAAUGAAAGUGUUUAACACCCCAAAGCAGCACAAACAAUGUAUUUAACGUUUUUUUAACCAUGAACCCCCCGCGGAACAGAUGGUACAGUCCGAAGGUUGGUACAGUCCGUUUCCUGCACUCGGUUGCUAGGAGGCGGAGAACGCUAGAAUACAACGCAAGGAGAAGCUCUGGGUCACACGGCUCUGCUACGACACGUGAUAGUUCCUCGGGUUUUUUGGGGAAAGGGGGCAAAGCGACCAACGCGGAUCUAAUAGAGCAUUUUAAGUUCGUGUUCCCGGGGGAGUCGCAGGAGAGAGCUGCUGUCCGUAAGACUUUUAAAAACUACGUGGACCACGUUGCUUUCGUAAAGACUGAGGGCGAAGUCAAAUAUGUCUGCCUGAAGAAAAGAUUCCGCGGUUCAGAGAGGCUCGAUCCGGAGGACCUCCUUCCCCGUUAUCCGCACGCUUCAGACGGCAGGAGUGACGCGGCAGAGGGAUCUUCGUUCAACAUGCCGGGGCCUGUGCAAACCGGUACUACAGGACCAGUUCCCACAGGUGGUGUGGGACUCAAACCCGGAGACAGGCUGGUGGAGGCCGAGGCGCUCUCCCCAGAAGUCCUGGAAGAAGGAGAACACGGUAACGUGGUGGCCAGGAGCAGAGCUCCCUCCAGACAGCUGGAGUCUGAUGAUGAUGAGGAGGAGGAGGAUGGCGAUGAAGGGCAGUCGGACACAUGUAGCCUCUCUGGGAGCGAAGGACUCUGCAGCCCCAAAGGCAGCCGUAAACACUUCAUGGAGGCCAUGAUGAACAGGUCCCCCCAGCCGAGGAGGAGCACGGUGACCAAAGGCUCGGUGUACUUGUCAUCCAGGACCGACAGCGACUCGGCCUCCCUGGUCUCCUCCUGCCCGGACGACAGGACCCCGGUGGCUCUGGACCCGCUGGAACACGAGUGGAUGAUGUGUGCCUUGGACGGGGAGUGGGGCAGCAUGCACCCCCUCCUCACCACGGAGCCCAGUCUGAUCCUGAGGAAGGACUUCGUCACCGGGUUCACCUGCUUGCACUGGGCGGCCAAGCGAGGCAACCCCGAGCUGAUGGCGCUGAUCUUCAAUUUUGCCAAACAGAACACACUCCCGGUCAGCGUGGACGCUCGGUCCAACGCCGGUUACACGCCUCUGCACGUCGCUGCCAUGCACAACCACAUGGAGGUGGUGAAGCUCCUGGUGCGGGCCCUAAGCGCAAAGUUGGAGGUCACAGACUACGGCGCGAGGAAGGCCUGGCCGAUCGCCCUGAACGUGUGA